AUGUUUUCAAUAGUUAUCAUUAUUUUUCUUCUAUUUACUUGUGAUGUUUCUACGAAGAAUGCUGAUUUGGAGAUCAAGAAACUUCUAGGGGAAGAUAUCCCGCAGGUACUGUUUGUCAUUUGAAAAAAAGGUCCCUAAUUUAUUUUUUUAGAUAAAUACCACGCAAGAAGCAGUUGAUGAAUUAACAAAUCAUUGGGUUGAACAGGCACUUUCGGCACUUAUUUCAGCUGCAGCAAAUAAUAAAUUAGCUACAGUAUCUCAUAUUGAUAGAAGAAUGCAUGAAAAAUGUAUCAAAGAUAUCAAAACAAUUGAGGAACAUGCAAAAUGUGUUAGUGAAUUAUUAGAAGUUUCGAGAGCAAAUAUUCGAAAACAUGAGGGAAAUCAGAAAAUAAUAAAGAAAUUGAUGGAAAUUGAAGAUGGAAGUUGGAUUGGAGCAUUUCGAAUUCGAAAAAAGAGACAAACAAAUAUUAUAUCGAAAUCAAAUUAUGUUUUGAAAUCAUCGAAAGAUGUUUCGCCUUUUACUAUGGUUGCAAAACAAAUCACGAAAACUGUAAGAGCAAUGAAAAAUAAAAAAGAAGAUCGGAAUUGGAGACAAAUUAUGGUUGAUGUUAAAAAGACUGGAGAAGUUAUUGAAAAUCGGAAGAAAGUUAAAGAAAUGUUGGGGAAAAGUGUGAGAAGUCGGGGAAGACCGGAAAGAUAUGACGAGAGAAAACCAUUAGCCGUAAGUUGAGAUAUUUCAGAAGCUUCCUUAUUAAUUGUGAAUUUCCAGCAUGAUGAUAUCGAGGACUAUGAUAGUCCUGUGACAACAUCGAAACCUGUUAUUGACACCGAUAAAUUAUUCCAAAGACUUCAAGAUCAUCCAGAAGAUAUAUUAAAUGAUAAUGCUGCUGAUGUUUUCAACAUGACUGAUGAAAAUGCAGAAGCAGUUCUUCGAAUCAAAUUAAUAAGAGAAGCUGUGAAAUUAGGACUACAAGUUGGAGGUCAAAACACAUCUGAUUUUGAUAAGAAAAGUUUGCGAUUCGCGUCCCCUCGAUUUUUUGCAAUUACUCCAGAAGAACAUAAAAAGGAUAAUGAUACAGUAAACCAAGUUAUUAGAAGCACCCCAAAAACUUGAGAAUUUUCAGAUCAACGUUUUGUCGCCAUCGCUAUUUUCAUUGCACGACGAAGGAACAGAUGAAGAGAGGAAAACGGCUUUGUCAAAUUUGCUUCCAGAUCUACAAAAAGGCGGAGGUGAAAAAGAUGCGUGGAUGGAUAUGCUGACAGAAAUAAGUGGAGUAGCAGAUACUGUAGAUGAUGCAGCAACAAAAGUGGCUCGAGAAUCAGAAGGUGUCCUAAUGAACACAAAAGGAGAGGAGAUAAAUGUAUCCAAAGAAAACAUUACCAAUAUUUAUGGAGAAGAAGGUUAUCGAAAAAUGAAAGUAAUUGAAAAAUUGAAUGGAAUGUAUACAAAACAACAGAUGGAACAAUUCAAUACAACUGGAUUUGCUAUAAUGACCGAUGAACAAAAAGAAAUUAUGUAUGGAAAAGGAGCACCUUAUGAAAAUUUGGAAACUAUUCAAGCAUCCAAGAAUUUGACUAUGACAAAAGCAAAAAAAGCACUACACACGGUAUGUUGGAUAGUUAGGAGGUAGAGCAAAAUUGAAAAUUUCAGACAAUCAAAGGAUUGGCGGAAGGUGAUGUGAAAUUGGGAAAAUACGACAAGCGUAUGAAAGAUAUAGUUUUAUCACCGGUAAGAUACGAACAUUUAAUAAGAGAAUCUGAAUAAUAAAAUUCCAGCUAAUUCUCACUUCAAUCGUAGCUAAUCCAGCUGCCGCUUCUCAAGCUCUUAUCCUAUCUCCAGUACUGUUUACAUCACUUAUCUUGUCACCAGCAAUUUAUGGUUCAGUUAUUUUAUCACCUUGGUUGUUUGUCCCUGUUAUUCUUGCUCCUCGUGUUCUCUCGCCAAUCAUUGUAUCACCUGCUAUCUUUUCUCCAAUUAUUCUCUCACCACUGGCACUUGAUGCAUUGGUUUUGGUGCCAGGAGUAGCAAAUCCCUUUGUCCUAUCACCUUUCGUAUUGUGCCCCUUCAUAUUGUCACCACAAGUUAUGACACCCCUUAUCCUUUCACCCUUCGCUCUCUCACCAUUUAUCCUCACGCCAACCGCACUAUCACCACUUGUCUUAUCUCCGUUCGUACUCUCACCGUCAGUUUUAUCACCAUCAUUCGUGACUGCUGUAAUUCUUUCACCAUAUGCCUUAUCACCAAGUGUUCUCUCACCACCAACAAUGAUUAGUGUCUUCGCCUCACCAAGUAUUUUGUCAUAA